GGAUGACGUCAUGAUGCCUCAGAGGGUGAGAUUGCAACUGGAAGCUGCUGCCCAACACCCGACAAGUUUUCAGGUGUUCGCACACGUCUGUGGUCUGCGCCUCGUGCUGUGCUCACCGCGAGCUCAGCUGCGUCUGUCCCGAUGCAACACGGUUCCCACGCCACUGACUGCAUCCCCGCCCCGUGCCUUCCGCCGCUGACACACACGCCACCGCCGCACACACUGACGCACAGCCUACAGCACGGCCGCCUGUCUCCAAGUCCCUUUCAGACCGACCAGGGUCUGCACAGAAGCCAAACUGCUGGAUCUGAGACGCCCCCAUAUAAGCUCAGAAAGUUUCAAGAGCGUUUGUAGGGACCACACUCCAGGAUCCCCUGCCAUCUGCCCGGUUGGCAGCACAUGCUCUCAGAGGAACCGGCCGACACCUCUCCAGAGCCUUACUCUAGCGGCUACUCUUAGAUUGUAGGUUGCCAGGUGAGGAGAGACCCUCCCAACUCCACUGAGCGAUACACAAGGUGGAUCAACCAGCUAGCGCCAGACCAGCUUCUCACUCAGGUCUUUACCUCCAAUGGCCCAACUGUGAUCAUGCCCACCUGGUUCUGCUCUCGAGCAUGGUUCUCCUACGUGGGCCCAUUUGACGAAGGCGGGCAGGGUGAGCCGGAGGACCUGUUGUUCUUCUACAGCCACCUCAGAAAGGGCGGCGGGGUCAUCCGCGUGGACCAGAGCCUCCUCCUCUACCGCUACCACCCCAACGCGGCCACACACUCUGUCCUCGAGACCACCAUCUGGACCCAUCGCGUGCGCUUUCUGGAAGAGCGGGCGCUGCCACACUGGGCCACCUUCACCAUCUGGAACGCGGGCAGGCAAGGCCGCCGGCUCUAUCGCAGCCUGACAGCCGGGAUGCGGCGCAAGGUGGUUGCUUUCUGUGACGUGGACGAGAACAAGAUCAGGAAAGGCUUCUAUUGCCAUGAAGACUCUCAGGAAAGGCCGAAGCCUCGGGUUCCGAUCCUGCACUUCCGAGCUGCACGGCCGCCCUUCGUCAUCUGCGUGAAGCUGGACCUCACCGGGGGCGCAUUUGAGGACAACCUGCGGUCGCUACACCUGCAGGAGGGCCGGGACUUCCUUCACUUCAGCUGAGGGCCUGGACAGCUGCCUCCAGGUGCGCCAAAGGCCCCCAGCAGCCACAGCCCAGGAGAGAGAUCGAGGGCGCCAGGGAGGGUGGCCAGUGGUCCCAAGAGGGAGCACGCCAAGCGGGAGGUGGCACCGAAUGCGUGUGGGGCUGGCCCUUCACCUGGAGGGCACGCGCCUGUGUUUCUAACCAGGGUGUGGUGGACACAUGGUAAAAUGAGGGGCCGUGAGCACACGGCCUGAGGAGCGUGUCCCUGACCGUCUGUGGGGCGCAUACUCUCCUCUGCCGCUGGGGGCCCUGCACCGCCGUCACCCAGCGUGUCUGUCCCGCCAGGAGCUCGUUAGCUCACGCUCCUGACGGACCCUGUGCCUCGAGGACAAACGCUGCUGGGGGCUGCAGUCCGGCUGUCUGUGUCGAUCUCAGGCCAACCCAGGGGCACGGUUCCCGUGUGACUGGGUUAGAGAUACGGAAACACAGACCAGCAACUGAGAGUGCAGGCUGUGUGCUCAGAGCUCGCGGGGCGGUGUCUUCCGGUCCCAUGAGGAUGGCAGAGACUCAGCGUGGGAAAGGGGGGGCUCAGGUGGCCCGCUGGCUGGGGGAGCACGUCUGGCUUUCUCUGGUUGGUCCUUGCUCGCAGGAGGGGCCGCUUAAGGGGGGCUGGCAGUUCUCAACCGCGUCCUGGCAGCCUCGGGCUGCUGGCUUCGGGGUUCGGGGUUCUCGCUUGGUUUCCUGAACUGGCUGCCGCAGGCCGUGGGCAGUCUCGCACCUUGUCUCUCAGCUCCGGGAACCCCAGUGCUCAAACCCAGGUCGACAGCAAAUCCCGUCAGCCGUGAGCGACCAAGUCGCCUUUCGCUGCAGGUGAGGGAGCCAGCUUCCUCUUUGCCUCCGGACUCAAGGCCGUUGACUUGCUGCCUCGUCGGCGACUUCCGCCGGAGGUAGUCAGGAGCCUGCGCCGAGAGCUCAUACGAGGAAGGCCGGGAUCCCGGGCUCGCAGGGUCUGUGUUCCGAGUGCAAAGCUCGGGAGGACCAGCAUCCUGCCACAGUGCUCAGCGUCUUCCAGAAACAUGUCUGCUCAUUAUACUGCCUACCUUUUGCUACUCUUGUCUGUUUUCAAAUUCUGCUUACUCCCCACAUUAGCCAUCAUUCGUUUUGUGUACCCGGGGUCACUGUCUGCUGACCGUGCCUCCCUGCACAGAGACGCUCGGCUGCCCACGCUUUACCCAGGGUGUCACCGCCGUCCCCUUUUGUCCUCAUUCACGCCACCGCGGAGGGCACCACCACACAGGGUCCCAGCUUGGCAUAACGUCCUACCCCCAAGAGGCCACCACAGCGAAGCUUCGCCACCAGUGUCGGGCUGGGCAGACACGGAUACUCAGGAUGCAGCAGCUGCUCACGGGGACUGAGCCGUGGCCGUGUGUACACGUGGCCCCGCCAGCCCCCCUGCACGUUCCACCCCAGGCACACUGGCUUCCUGCUCCCCAAGCUCACCAGAUGCUCCUCUGUCGGGUGCCCACCUGCUCGCUGCUCCUUUGGAGGGUUUCCCGACUGCUUCCCUCCAAGACAGCCCAACACACGGGCCGUCGCGUGUGGUUCCGGGCCCUGGAGCUGCUGACCGGGACGGUCCACGUUUGCUCCUGGCCACACUCCCAAGUUGUGAGUGCACAGAGCCCCCGUCCUGGAUCCGUCACCCGGACCCAGGGGGGCUCCAGAACCUGCAACUGCAGGGAGGGUGACCCCGGUCACCUGCGUCCAAGCGAGGGUGACCCUCAGGGUCCGAUGUGGCCGAGGGUGAGCAGGGGCGCUGGGCCGUGUGCGGCCCGUGGUCCGUUCGGCUUUCCUCACGCUGGCGGGUAAAGAGCUCUGAGAUGCAGGGCCUCUGCGGGUCUGUGUGCAGCGACCAGUCUCCGUGUGUCCAAAAGGGCCCUUCUUUGGAAUCUUGUGGAUUUUUAAACACAAGAAACAGUUCAUCUUCUUGUUUCUCAGAAGCCGCGUGCUGGGUUUUCUGCAGCCAAGGUCCAGACGCUGCUCUGCAGGGCCGGGCUCCCCACCUGCCGUCCUCCGGCCCCCGCCAGCAAGGGGUCCUCUAGCUCGUCCCCCACCUAUGAUGGAGUAAAAUGGGAACUCCCUACUUUCUUCAGAGAAGGAAGCACGUCUUAAGGCUCGAAAUACAGUGAAAGUUAAUUCACAAAGUAACAUACGACUUUCCCUUCCAGAGGGUCUGACGGGACGCCGUCAGGGGAGCACACAAGGUGAACGUUCCCACAUGGUGCCUCGGCCCAGGCAAGGAAACCACUCCCGCUGAAGGACGCAGCAAAAGCACCUGCCGCUCGGCCCCCGUCCCCGUGCACGCCGGAGAGGGCAGCUGGCUCCCCGGCCCUGACCCCGUCGGUCUUGGCGCGGGGCCCCGACCCCAGCGCGGCCACCGCCUUCGCCUCCGGUGCGGGCGGCAGCUCCCGCGUCCAGCCCGCAGACGAGGCGCAGCCCCGCGAAGCGCCGUGCACACCAGCCUCACUGAGGGGCCUGGGCUCUGGGGAAGACACACCUGGCCAAGGUGAGCGGUGCACCGUAGUGCUUCCCCACAUCACCGGAGAACCCGAGAUCCGAGGACACACGCUCGCAGGGCUGUUCGCUGGGUUCCUGACUCCUGACUCGAGACUCUGCUGUGGGGGCGCAGCCGGGCUCAGGCAGGAUGCUUGGAUUGCCCACAACCGUGUGAGGGUAGGUGACCACGUGCAACGCCCACAAGCACCGGGCACGAUGGGGUGAGGCAGAGGCAAGGUUGGGUGCCCACCCCUUGGCCGUUUCUCUGGCCCGUCUAGGGUCGCUUGGGGCCACCCUCUGCCCCCCAGGCCCCCGCAUCAGCAUCACACACAGAGACACAGAACUGCUCAGAACAUGAUUUUAUAGACGGGGUUCCCGUGGACGUGAAGGCAAAAGCACCAACAUCCCAGGGCACGUGUGAGGAAAAGCCACCGCCGCUGUGGUGACGAACUUCAAGUCCCUUUGCGCCGUGUCCAGCUGUCCCGUGCUGUCAUCAGGCUCCUCCCCGCUGCCAGGCGGGCAGGGGGCCUCAGCGGGUGCCAGACUGUUGGGGACACAGCACAGGGUCAGACCACCAGCACCACCCCCUCUGGGCCCCCAUUUCCCCAGCCACCCAGGACCCUGAGGCCGACAUAACCCCAAGGCAGCGGGCAGAGGAUCCCUGUACUUUUCCACAAACGUCAUCCACUGUGUGUGAAAUAUUCCUGAUAAAAGCACAUUUACUUGGGAAGCUGGCACUGCGCUUGGCCAGCUGAUUGCACCCCUCACGGAGCCCCCUGGUGCCCAACAGAAGAGUGGGCAGGGCCACCACACUGUGUGGCACCGGAGCAGAUGCAGGAAAUAACAAUGUGAUUCCAAGCCUGAAGGAGAAGAGACUGGAAAGCUGACAGGACAUGGCGAGGAGAGCGGUCCUGCCUGGUGCCGCCCUCCCGCUCACUGCGUGCUCUCGCGGUCCCUGCUAGCAGAGUAGCAGCCGUACAAGUGGGGGCUGUGAAGCGAUAAACCCUUCAAAUCCAAGUGAGGCCAAGAGAAAGAAACAGAUCAAGCCAUAACCAAAGAUCAUAGAUGUAAACCCAAACCCAUAACCACACGUUAAAUACAAGGGGACAAAACUCCAAUUAAGAUACUCAACUGGAUUAAAUACAGAGAAGACCUAACUACCAUUUUUAAGAGACCCGUUUAAAUGUAAGAAAGGAAAUGGUAUAAACAUCCAAAAACCUAGUGCGGUUGGGUUACCCCUAAAGUAGACCUGAAGGCAGGAAGCACUUUUACAGAUAAAGAACAUUCCGAGUGACGUCACUUCCAACGUGUCGCAACAUCGCAAAGACGAGAACAAGGUGCUGCGCGUUCUCGGCCUGUUAGAGAAGAGAGGCGGCCCCUCUUCUCUCUCUUCCAGACAAGAGGGCUGGACUCGGACGCGGGCAGACCCUGCCGGGAGCAGAGACCACUGGGCGGAAGGCACACCUGACGACCAGACUCUGUGGGCACCAUCUUGGGGGGACCCUGGGAGCACCAGGCUCACUGGUCAUGAUCCUGGAAAGUCCCCCACACUCUGGGUGUCUCCCCUCCAGGGAAGAGGACUGCCAGAGCCCCUGGCACCUGCAGGGGCACAGGGGGACAGAGCUGCCCCACGGGAGCCCAUGGCUGAGGUCCACUCAGAUGACCGCAGACUGCCACACAGCCCACCGCUUCCCCGGCAGGGCUCCAGGGCCACAGCUGUGGGUCCUCUCUCAGACUCCGAUGCUCCAAGGGGGACGGUGCGGGGACACCCAGGUCAGGGCACGACGCGCUGGACAAGCUGCGGCAAUACUGAACAGAGGGGCCCCUGUUGGAAAGACGCAAACCUCAUGAUCCUGAGGCCCGAGUUCCUGUUACCAGCACAACGGGUCUGGCUUCCAACAAACUUACAAAACACACCAAGAGGCGAGAAAAAGCAACUGGGAGAGAUGGCACCAACAUCUAGACCAGACUCAGAUACGGCAGAGUUGGGAUAAUCAGACCAGGGCUUAAGACAAGGAGGACUCAUGUGGCAAGGGCUCUGCUGGGGCAAGUGGGCACCACCAAGGACUGAUGGGCAGUGAGAGUAGAGGUGGAAAGUCAAGGAAUGAAAGGAGACACCAGAAAUCAGGAACAUGCUUACAGAAAUGAAGACGGGACACGGCCAGAGAAAGAAUCUGUGAACCUGAUGACUGGUCGAUAGAAACUUCCCAAACUGAAAUGCUGAGAAAAAAGAAUGGAAAAACAGAAGAGAGUAUCCAAGACCACAGGGCAGUUCCAAAGCUGUAAAACAGAGUCCUGCGUACUCAAGGCCAUGAGAC